AUGGAGCGCUCACAAUCUGAUACCUUGCCUCUGGCGAAUUCGGUUCAAAUUCCUCAGCUUGGGUUUGGCGUAUAUUUAUCGCCACCUGAAGUUUGCACCAAGUCAUGCCUUACUGCACUUGCAGCUGGAUAUCGACACAUCGACACGGCGCAAUACUACGCCAAUGAAACAGAGGUUGGCCAAGCAGUUCAAAAGUCGAACGUCGAUCGGAAACACGUUUUCUUGACUACCAAGAUCCUUGAGGCAGCUGGCUCUGUGGACGCAAGCUUCGCGAAAUGCAUUGAGAGCGUUGAGAAGCUUGAUCCUGAGAGCGGUUAUGUCGACCUUUUCCUCAUUCAUAGCCCCAAUAGUGGUGCUUCAAAGAGAAAGGAGAUGUGGCAGGCCCUGGAGAGGUUGUAUGAGGAGGGAAAGGCGAAGAGUAUUGGCGUGAGCAACUUUGGUAUCAAGCAUAUCGAAGAGCUGAAGCAAUUCGCCAAAGUUUGGCCUCCCCACGUCAAUCAGAUUGAGGUCCAUCAGUUGCAUCCUUGGGCACAGCAGAGAGACGCCGUGGAAUACUGCGAAAAGAACAACAUCGUAGUAGAAGCCUACGCUCCUCUCGUUCGCAACCAAAAGGCCGAUAAUAAAACCCUCAAAAGCAUCUCCACAAAGCACAAAGUCACGCCUAACCAAGUUUUAAUCCGAUAUUGUCUUCAGAAGAAUUGGGUUCCCCUUCCAAAGAGCGAUACACCGGAGCGCAUCAAAGCUAAUGCCGAUGUUUUCGGGUUUGAUCUGGAUGACAGGGAUAUGAAGGCGCUGGAUGAACUGGAUGAGGGCGCUGCGGGUCAUGACGUGCACGAAUCUCCCCCAACCCCUCUUUCUCCCGCUCCAUUCAUCCAGCCAACGACACUCACCCUCUUCUUCCCCCCUGAUACUAGAAUUUUCUGCAACACGACAAAAAUGGCAGACAACGUAACCAGGCACAAUGCCUAUGCAACCCUCAUCACCCGCGACUCCUACCUCCCCGGCGUCAUCAUCCUCGCCUAUACCCUCAAGCGCAACGUCUCAAUCUACCCUCUCGUAGUGUUCUACACGCCCAACCUCCCCAAAGAUGCGAAACGCGUUCUUGAGCUUGAGGCGCCAAAAUGCAACAUGAUCCUUCGCGAGUGCGAGCAUCUUCUCCCGCCGGAGGGUGUGAAGAUGACGCUUAUCGCUGAGCGAUUUGCGGAUACGUGGACGAAACUUCGUGUUUUUGAGCUGUUUGAGUAUGACGCUGUGUGUUACCUUGACGCUGAUAUGGCGGUGCUGGAUAACAUGGAUGUUGUAUUCAAAGUUGAGACGCAUUUGCCCGAUGAUUGGAUUGCAGCGAAUCAUGUUUGUGUUUGCAACCUUGAUUCAGAUUCUUGGGCUCCUGAGGAUUGGAGGACGGAGAAUUGUGCUUACACGCCGCUUGAACAUCCCACAGCGCUUACGGAGCCUCUACAACCUACUGAGACGUCACCUUCACCACACAAGCUUCUCAAUGGUGGCAUGUUCAUCUUUCAUCCUUCGAAGGGCCUUUGGGAUCGGAUGUUGCAUGUGUUCAACACGACGCCGCUACUUUCAACGUUCAUGUUUCCCGAUCAGGACUUUCUGGCAUACUUCUUUGAGAAUAAGUGGUAUGCACUUGGGUGGCAGUAUAACGCUAUCAAGACGAUGCGGUAUUGGCACCCCAACAUUUGGCGUGACGAGGAAGUCAUCUGCCUGCACUACAUCGUCGACAAGCCUUGGGCAAAGCGUGUUGGACUGGAUGGAGUAGCUGGGUAUAAGGGCCUUGAUGGGGUCACGCACUGCUGGUGGUGGCAGCUGUAUCAGUACUGGGAGGAUGAGAGGACCUCCGAUGGCCGUGGCGGGAAUGAGGCGAUUGCUAUUCUGAAGAAGCUGAUCGCACCGGCGGAUACGAUGGAGGGAGGACUUGGGUAUCUGCAGGUGGGUUUGCCUGUGAGAGCAUGA